CUUACAGGUAAUAAUUUCUGACGCCUUGUGCAGAAUUUAAGCUUUCACUUAGAACUUUUUUUUUUUGCGCACACGCAAAAAAUCUUGGUAGGUUGCCAGGGACGGACAGUUUUAACCGCUUUUAAGAGGCUGUUCCCUUGAAGGCAGUAUAUAGUCCGAAGCCUGAGGACAGCAGUUAAGUGUCAGUACUGCUCAGAAGUCCGCUGUUUGCUUCUUUUAACAGAAGUGUCUGACCUCUCUGUGCUGUCCUUCUCUGGGUCGCUUUGGGCAUCAUUAGCUGUGUAUAAAGGUAUUCCCCAAGUAAGAUAUAUACAGCUUAAAAAGAUAAAGCAAUGACUGGCUAGCAAAAAAGAACAAGCUUCUAACAAGUGGCUGGAUUAGGCAUUAGUAUGGUCCCCAUCCCCUGAUAAAACACCUUAAGUCUGCUGGCCAAACAAGCAUGAAGAAAAGGGUGGGCCUCCACUGCUACCUCAGUUUUAUAACUUGUCAUUCGCUGGGCUUUUUGAUGUGGGUGACACUGGCAACCCACUGAAGAUAACCGGGUUUUAUUCAUGUUAGGAUUUUAUAACUUUCCACAUAGGUAUUUUUCCUCUUGGAUCCUUGUGCUACUAAUAGUCCUUGUCUCAACAACCCUACCUCUACUUGUAAUCUUACUUUUCUUGUCUUUCUACUCACACAGCUCUCACAAUUUUACAGUUCCCUCAGAAGUCUGGGCCAAAGUCAUGCAGCAAAUCUUAUCAUCCAGGCUGGGCUUGCUCCUUGGCAUGCAGUUUUCCAGGGUGGGGAAAUGAAACAGGAGUUUUAAACUUUGAGGACUCAUCAUGGAAGACUCUGAAGGAUGUCACUUCAGCUCAGUGGAAGAGGAAAACAGAUACUGGAAAGACCUGGCUAUGAAAUACAAGCAGUGUGCUGAGAAUACGCAGGAGGAAUUGCGUGAAUUCCAAGAAGGGAGUCGAGAGUAUGAAGCUGAACUGGAGACUCAGCUGCAGCAAACAGAGUCCAGAAACAGAGACCUUUUGUCAGAAAACAAUCGUCUGCGAAUGGAACUGGAGUCAGUUAAGGAAAAGAUUGAAAUGCAGCAUUCAGAAGGAUACAGGCAAAUCUCUGCGCUGGAAGAUGACUUGGCACAGACAAAAGCUAUUAAAGACCAACUUCAGAAAUACAUUCGAGAACUUGAGCAAGCAAAUGAUGACUUGGAAAGAGCAAAAAGAGCCACUAUAAUGUCUCUGGAGGAUUUUGAACAGCGUUUAAACCAAGCUAUUGAAAGAAAUGCUUUUCUGGAGAGUGAGCUGGAUGAGAAGGAAAACCUUCUGGAGUCUGUGCAGCGCCUGAAAGAUGAAGCUAGAGAUCUACGACAAGAGCUUGCAGUGCAGCAGAAACAGGAGAAACCCAAAACACCAAUGCGAACUACCCUGGAAACAGAAAGAAUGGACACUGCAGUUCAAGCGUCCUUAUCUGUGCCUUCAACUCCUUCAGUGCACCGGGCACCCAACAUCAACACACCCACCCCUGCAACAUUUAGGAGAGGUCUUGAGGACAGUUACGCUGCAAGCCCUCUCACACCUGCUGCAAGAAUAUCUGCACUUAACAUAGUGGGAGACUUACUGCGAAAAGUGGGGGCUUUGGAGUCCAAACUUGCAUCUUGCCGAAACUUUGUGUAUGACCAGUCUCCAAGCAGAACCACGGUGUCCAUGUACAUGAACAGAGAUGUCCUUGAAACACGCCUGAGUCCUCAUCAGCCUCUGUGUGAUACAGGGUUAGUGAAACGCCUGGAGUUUGGAACACGGCCUUCAAAUAUUCCGGGACCAAUGAGCCAUCCCUCACAAAGUGUUGUCAAGAUGCUGCUUUGAAAAGCCUGGCUGGCUUUGGCAAAGGGGAAAAAAAAAAUUUUAAACUUUAGUUUUAAAGAGAAUAUCAAUGAGCAAUCAGGCAGCAAUCUUGGGGUAGGUGAGAAUGGAGUAAGAAGCUGCAGUUGGCAGUGGCCCCCUGUGGCCUUGCCCAGUCUGGCCUCUUGGCCGAGUUCUGUGGGUAGUGUGAUAAAGCAAUGCUGCCUAGCAGUGCAGGACUUAGAAUUGCUUCCUACAUCAGUUGCUCCUUGCAAUUUGCUUCUUUUGACACUGCCAGUCAAAGCCAUUGUCCCUCUCCCUAAAACAGAGACAGUAUUCCCUAUGCAGCUCCUCAGGCUUUGGCUUUUGGUGUUAAUACAGCACCAUGGUGUUCUGGCUUAAAUUCUGGUAGUGCUGGCUUUCUAUCAUGGGUGUUGUGUGCUGCAGUCACCUGAAUUAGAGGAGUGGUUUUAUGUGGAGAAAGGUGUAUUUCUGCUGGGAAGCUGCUCAGCUCUUUGUGGGAUGUUUGCUGGUCAGAAUCUGGGUACGCAAAAACCUGCCUCUAUAGUGGUCAGAGGGUUUUGUAAGCAAUGAUUUGCCAUUAAGAAGAGGUCAUGGAUAAAGGUGAGGAAUGCCUAGUGCAUAGCAUACUUGGGAGAUUCCAGAGCUAACAGCACGAUAGGAGACUUUGGACUGGCUUAGCAUAUAGACAUCUCUUUUGCCAUAUUGUGGCCCCUAAAGCCUGGCUGUUGUAGGAAGCAAGAGACCUGAUUAAGUUCCUAGUUGUAACAUCUUAAUAGGUGGAUUUUAAUGCUUUCCAAACCUCCCUUUAUUAAUGUGCCUUGGGUAUUAGUGAUUUUUUUCUUGUUUAAUUUUUUUUCUAUGAGAAUAUAUGCUUUCAGCUAUUACUAAUUUAGAAAUAGUUUUUAACCUGAAAAGUACUUUGUGCUAGACAAGUGUAUAUGAGUAGAGAAUUACUUUAUAAUCAGGUUUUUCCCCUAUAAAAUAUUACUGCAUUUUGGGUUGUUUUUUAAGUGGAGUAGGUUCUCUCACAGUAUUAAUGUACCUUAUGGA